ACCAUCUGCCGGAACCUUAAUGUGUCCAUGUCGCAUUCUUACCGUACAAUUUAAGACGUUACACUUGUCACUUCCGGCGCUGGUUUGAAAUGAGAGCGUUGGCCGUGUAAAGCAUAAUUGUAAUGCUUUAAUGGCAGGUUUAUUAAAUGUUGAUACACGCUGUGGAACAAGACGAGUCCGAUAGAGUGUACCACUGGAUCAACUUCACUCUUUCUAACGUACUAUGUUCAAAAAAAUGACCGAAUUUGGUCCAGAUUCCGGGGGGCGAGUUAAGGGAAUAACCAUUGUGAAGCCCAUUGUGUUUGGGAACGUUGCCCGUUACUUUGGGAAAAAGAGAGAGGAGGAUGGACACACACAUCAGUGGUCUGUCUAUGUGAAGCCUUACAGAAAUGAGGAUAUGUCUGCUUAUGUGAAAAAGAUCCAGUUUAAGCUACACGAGAGCUAUGGUAACCCACUGAGAGUGGUGACUAAGCCUCCAUAUGAGAUUACAGAGACGGGCUGGGGGGAGUUUGAAAUCAUCAUCAAGAUCUUCUUCAUUGACCCCAAUGAGAGACCUGUGACUUUGUACCAUCUGUUGAAGCUGUUCCAGUCAGACUCCAGUGCCAUGCCUAAAAAGACAGUGGUCUCUGAGUUCUAUGAUGAAAUGAUCUUCCAGGAUCCUACAGCCAUGAUGCAGCAGCUACUAACCACGUCGAGACAACUCACCCUUGGAGCAUACAAGCAUGAGACAGAAUUCGGUGAGCUGGAGCAGAGGACCAAGGAGAAAAUGGAAGCAGCAAAGAAGAGAACCAGCCAGGAAAUCACAGAGCUAAAAGAUAAACUAAAAGCCAGCAGAGAAAACAUCAACCACCUUAAGGCAGAAAUCAGGAAACUGGAGGAGGACGGAGACCACAAGGACCACUGAGAAAUGGGAAAACACAGACAUAAGUGGUUUAAAAAAACAAA